CCCCGCUGGUGUUGGCGUGAUUCUGUUACUGCCGCGGCGCCCCGGUCUCCCUCCUUCGCGCUUCGCUUCCCCCGUGGGUCGUACUCGUGCCUCCCGCCGCUCCGCCAUGGCGGCCACCACGCCGGCCGUCACGCCGCUGGCGCCACGGAGCCGGGGCUCCGCCGCCGCCAUGGCGCUGAGCCCCACGCGCAUCUCCCGGCUGCAGGAGAAGGAGGAGCUGCGGCAGCUGAACGACCGCCUGGCCGUCUACAUCGACAUGGUGCGGAGCUUGGAGACGGAGAACAGCGCCCUGCAGCGGCGGGUCACCGAGCGGGAGGAGGUGCGCGGCCGCGAAGUCACCGGCCUGAAGGCGGUCUAUGAGGCCGAGCUGGCCGACGCCCGCAAGACGCUGGACGACACGGCGCGGGAGCGGGCCAAGCUGCAGAUCGAGCUGGGCAAGAUCCGCGCCGAGCACGAGGAGCUGCUGGGCAGCUAUGCAAAAAAGGAAUCUGAUCUUAAUGGAGCCCAAGUCAAACUUCGAGAGUUUGAAGCAGCCCUCAAUUCUAAAGAAGCUGCACUGGCCACAGCACUUGGUGAUAAGAAAAGUCUGGAGGGAGAAGUUGAGGAUUUAAAAGAUCAGAUUGUACAGCUUGAAGUUUCUGUAGCUGCUGCCAGGGAACAGCUUGCAAAUGAAACCUUACUGAAGGUGGAUCUCGAAAACCGUUGUCAGAGUCUCAUUGAGGACUUGGAAUUCCGUAAAAAUAUGUAUGAGGAGAAAAUCAAUGAAACAAAAAGGAGACAUGAAACUCGCUUAGUUGAGGUUGAUUCUGGGCAUCAAAUUGCAUAUGAACAUAAACUGGCCCAAGCCCUUAAUGAAAUAAGAGAGCAGCAUGAUGCACAAGUGAAGCUGUACAGAGAAGAGCUUGAACAAACUUACCAGACCAAACUUGAGAAUGCUAGACUGUCCUCUGAGAUGAGCAAUUCUGCAGCCAACUCAGUAAGAGAAGAACUGAAUGAAAGUCGCAUACGAAUUGAUAAUCUGUCUUCCCAUCUUGCCAGCCUUCAGAAAGAGUCUAGAACAUGGCAAGAUAGAGUGCAAGAGCUUGAGGAUGACUUGGCCAAGGAACGGGAAAACUGUCGCAAAAUACUGUCGGAGAAAGAGAAGGAGAUGGCAGAGAUAAGAAAUCAGAUGCAGGAGCAGCUGAAUGACUACGAACAACUUCUGGAUGUUAAACUGGCACUUGAUAUGGAAAUCAGUGCAUACCGGAAAUUGCUGGAGGGUGAAGAGGAGAGGUUGAAACUUUCUCCAAGCCCAUCUUCCCGAGUGACAGUUUCACGGGCUUCAUCAAGCCGUAGUGUGCGUACAACCAGAGGGAAGAGGAAGAGGAUUGAUGCAGAGGAAUCUGAAGCCAGCAGUAGCAUUAGCAUUUCCCACUCAGCUUCUGCCACUGGAAAUGUCUCUAUUGAGGAGAUAGAUGUUGAUGGAAAAUUCAUCCGCUUGAAGAACACCUCUGAACAGGAUCAACCUAUGGGAGGCUGGGAGAUGAUCCGAAAAAUAGGAGACACUUCUGCUAGUUACAGAUAUACCUCAAGAUAUAUACUAAAGGCAGGCCAAACUGUUACAAUCUGGGCUGCAAAUGCUGGAGUAACUGCUAGCCCUCCCACUGACCUCAUCUGGAAGAACCAGAAUUCUUGGGGCACUGGUGAAGAUGUGAAAGUUGUACUGAAAAAUGCUCAGGGAGAGGAGGUUGCUCAGAGAAGCACUGUCUUUAAAACAACUGUGUGUGAAGGGGACGAGGACGAACUUGAGGAAGAAGCAGCUGAAACUGUGGAGGAAGAAAACCUUUACCACCAGCAGGCAGACCCAAGGACAUCUAACAGAAUGUGUGUGGUCAUGUAAACUUCCAGUCAGCCAGGUUCCUCAAAUCAUGGUAGUCCUUGCCUACAGAACAGAGCCUUCUCAGAAGCACAAUGUAUUUUUGUAUUUUCUGUAUGUGAAUUUUUAAGCUGCGAGUCUGAUGGCCUUAAUUUCCUUUGCCACUGAAAAGGAAGUUUUGUAAAAGAAGUAUCUGUUUCUCGCAGGAUGUGAAUUGUUGACUAUGAGCAAUGUACUGUUUGAAAAAUUAUGUCCUUGUCCCACAGAUUUAUAUGCCAGUCUUUUUGUAUUGAAACCUUGCUGGAAUAGAAAUAUUCCACUAUGUUUGGGGAUCAAUUUUCUUAGAUUAUGCCACUCUAGAGUGUUUCCAGUUGCUGUUGACCUCUUUUUAUUUAGGUGCUGUUGGAGAAGGGGAAGGCAUUUUCGAUACUAUGAACUCUUUUAUACUGGAGACUUUUUUUCCUAUAGUGCAAUCAAGGCUAUAAAAAAUUUCUUUUCUAGAAAAGAACAGCUUUGUUAAAAAAAAAAAACUUGAAAAAAAAAAACAACAAAACCAAAUGAAAAGAAAAAAAAUACAAAAAAAGAACGUAGCCCAACUGAUCAUGUAAGCACUCAGAGGAUGAAGGAUGCAGUAAAACUCCUUAUUGGUACUCUUUUCCUUUUAGUUUUCUUAUUCUGGAGGAGGAUUCAUGUUAAAUGUGUUAGUUGUGUUGUUAAGAUAGUGUACCAGCUUAAAUUUUCUUACAUGAUUUUUUUAACAAAUAGAAGGCUGUUUUAAUAUGGAUUGUCUUGCUUGUUUACAAUUUGUAGGAACAAAACCAAGUCUUUUAGGGAUCUAGUCUACAUUUGUAUGGAAAACAAUUGUAAUUUUGUCAAUGUGGAAAGUUUUUCUGUUCUUUCUGCAUUAAUCUAAUGUUUGGAAAAACUCUGAAUAAAAUAUCUCUGUUUAAGAUGCUA